CCCUCGCCAGAAAUCAGAGCAUCGCAGGCGACUGCCGUCUUUCCUCCUCCUCCUCCCUGCGCGCCGCCGAGAUGGACGCCUCAACUGCGGGCAACAAGGAGCGGGAGGCCAUGCAUCUCAUGGCCGAGGCCGAGAAGCGGAUCAAAUCCUCCCAGUCUUUCCUCCGGGGGUUCUUCGGAGGAAAUUCAAAGCUUGAAGAAGCAUGUGAAAUGUACACAAGAGCUGCAAAUAUGUUCAAGAUAGCCAAAAACUGGAGUGCUGCAGGGAAUGCCUUUUGUCAGGCAGCAAAACUCCACAUGCAGUUGCAGAGUAAACACGAUUCAGCCACCUGCUUCGUUGACGCAGGGAACGCUUACAAAAAGGCAGAUCCUCAAGAGGCUAUCAACUGCUUAAAUGCUGCCAUCGAUAUUUACACAGACAUGGGCCGAUUUACUAUUGCUGCCAAGCAUCACAUUACUAUUGCAGAGAUUUAUGAAUCUGAGCUGGUAGACAUUGAAAAGGCCAUCGCCCACUAUGAACAAUCUGCAGACUAUUAUAAAGGGGAAGAAUCUAACAGCUCUGCCAACAAGUGUCUGCUGAAGGUAGCUAUAUAUGCUGCCCAGUUGGAGCAAUAUCAGAAAGCAACUGAAAUUUUUGAACAGAUUGGUACAAGUACAAUGGAUAAUCCAUUGCUUAAGCACAGCGCAAAGGACUACUUCUUUAAAGCAGCUUUAUGUCACUUUAUUGUCGACGAAUUGAAUGCAAAGCUGGCUCUUGAGAAAUAUGAAGAAAUGUUCCCAGCAUUCACAGAUUCAAGAGAAUGUAAAUUAUUGAAAAAAUUACUGGAAGCUCAUGAAGAACAAAAUUGCGAAGCAUACACUGAAGCAAUUAAAGAAUUUGAUUCAAUAUCCCGCUUGGAUCAAUGGCUCACAACCAUGUUACUCCGCAUUAAAAAGUCAAUUCAAGGAGAAACUGAAGGGGAUCUAAAGUGAACAUUCUGUGCAGCGUGUGGUUUUGUGACUUGUCUGUUGAAAUACCCUGUGUCAUGGCCAAGGAUCAUUAUGGAAUAUAUGAUCAAUGCUUUCUGCUUAAUUGACUGGUGUCUUGUUUAAUAUCCUGUUGUGGCUCAUUCAUUGUAACUGUGAACAUGAAUUUAUAUUGUUUUUGAUUUCUGAAGGGAGAGCUUUUGGAUUGAUCCUAUGCAUGUUUACUCAGAAAGGCAAGUCCAACUAAAUUCAUGGACCUUCCUCAUAAAUGAGCAUAGGAUUGUGUAAGUUAACUCUGAAAUAAGUUCUCAUGAAGCCAUAUUCAAACCAGUCAGUCUGCUGAUACUAAAUUAUAUUCUCAUGAUAUAGGACUCCAUACCUCUUGUCCUAGAAAUAGUGUUAUUUCAACAUUAUUUAUUACAGGAUCAUCACAAAAGGACACCACUUAUUGUAUAUUUUAAAAUAUUAACCAAUAUUACGUUGUUCACAUGUGAUUUGCACUACCACAGGUAUAACACAAUGAGUCACAACACUGAAUAGCACUGAGAUGGUAACCAAAAUACAAGUUAUCCUUGCAGUGCAAUCCCAAGCAUGAUUCAGUGGAAACAAGAUUGUGUGAAGCUUCAGUGAUGUUUCAUAAUUAAGAAUAAGACCCAAGGGGUGGCCUCAAGGGAUCCAUUUCUAGCCCCUUUCUCCCACUUCUGCAAAUGCCUUCACUGGUGGUCACCUAACUCCUCUUCCCCUAGACAUUUCCUGGUCAUCAGAAUUAUGUGACAGAAUGUGUCAUUGAGGGAAUCCUCAAAAUGACAUAUUAUAGGGCUGCCUCAUCUGUCCACAGCAGCAACAAUUGUAGCCCACUCAGUGCCCUGAUCUGGAGGCAAUGUUUGAACAGUAAUCAGCUGGAGCAGAAGACCUCUGUUUUAAGUGUGAUGAGAUGACUGCACCAACAGGGAGUCACAAAGUGACUGGGCUCCAAUUUGCCCAAUUCGUUCCACUGUCUGAAGUAGACUUUCACAAUGGGACUGGAGUUAGCCCUGUAAGUCCCAUUUUGAGCAAAGAUACUUUGGGUUGCACUAUAAAGACAACUUGGUUUCUAGAGAGUAUCCUCAACAAUGUUCAAAUUAUAACCUUGUGUUUAUUUUGAUGACAAGAAUGCAUCAGAAAAGAUUAUUGUGUGUUAUAGUUAUCAUUACUUGAGGCGGGUGAGAAUGGCAGAGUUCUUGAAACCAGAUCAGAAGAUCUGGGACAAUAUGAUCCACCACCUGUAAUAAACAAGAGAGUAGAUUGAAAUUUAUGUGAAUUAAUCAGUUGUAGCCCAUUCUCUUUUGGAGCUGCAAAAAUUUUGAUCAGGGUACAUGUGAAUAUAUGUUCUGGAAACUGAAAUUAUAUAAUUCCAGUUGAACUGAAAAGAAAAAUGAAAAGAUUCCCCCCUCCCCCAAAUGCUCAUUCCUCUCCCCUCUAAACCUUUAAUCUAUGAGAGUGUAUUUUUUAUUUGUGAUAAAUGACACAGGGAAUUGUUGGAUCAGAUAUUUAUACUGUUCACUUUCUGUCAAUAUGAAUCUAUAUGUGAUUGUUUCAGUAGCUGCUGGUAAAAAAAACCGCCAUUUUUAUCUACACAGUGUGCAUGGGUAGAUAUGUAUUCAGUAGGUAUGUGAAACUACAGAAUAAUCUGGAUCUGAAAUAAGUAACAGUGAGGAAGUAUAGGAAACAAAUUGUUUGUCCAAAUUUUUUUUCUCAUGUCUGGUCCACACAGAAUGAAGUGAUGGAUGUUUGGUAUGAUAACGCUGACAACUACAGCAGAUGAGAAGGCCAUACAUGUUGACGCUCCUUUACAUACAGAUUCCCUCAAAGGGAAAAUCAUCACAGCACAACAGUCUAGAGAUAAUUUUUCUCUCCGCUGGUCUUGAGUUUUGCUUUUUGCUUCACUCUAAAAAUAUAAAGACAUAGAGGUCAUUCUAUCUACCUACCUUCUCCUUUUCUGCUUUAUCAGACCUUUGACCUAGCUUGUCAUGUAUUUUACAAAGACUCUGUGUGUGUAUGUGUGUGUGUGUGUGUGUGUGUGUGUAUGAGAGAGACAGAAAGGAAAGAAAGAGAAAGAGAAAGGAAAGAAAGGAAGAAAAAAGAAGAAAGAAAGAAAGAAAGAAAGAAAGAAAGAAAGAAAGAAAGAAAGAAAGAAAGAAAGUAAGUCAUUCUCAGCUCUGCAGGUAACAGUCAUCUGAAGAAAUCUAUACUGUGGUCCUAUAGGGCAGAAUAAGCAUAUCCCUGUUCUUAUCAUUGGCUUUCUUAUGUUGUUGCUGCUCCUCAGCAUUGUUAAAAAAACAGUAACAAGCUGCUCUACCCUCAGCUUUAACAAUAUUUGUACCCUUAACUUCCAUUCACCUUAUACUUUUGGCUAGGAGAGUAUUUCUUGGAUGGCAUUGGCAGUGAAGUAUAGAUGAUAGAAGGAACAGAGGAGCCAGUGGAUAAUAGAUGUGGAAGAUAAGACAUAUAUUUAUGAUAUGAGUGCCAUACAGGUUUAUCUUAGGGCUUAGUCCGCUGCAACCCACUCAAAUGAAGUGAGUCUGGAUCUAAAAAUGUGCUCCCUAGCAUUGUAGUAGGAGAAGGAAGAUUGACCUAUAGCUUCUUCUUUUUUUAGUUUUAUACUUGACAUACAAACAUAUGUAUUAUUUAAGCUAUAACAGAGUUGGAAGGGACUUUGGAGAUCUAGUUCAACCCCUUGCUCAAACAGGAGACCCUAUACCAUUUCAGACAAAUCUCUUCUAAAAAACUUCCAGUGAUGGAGCACCCACAACUUCUGGAGGCAAGUCGUUCCACUGAUUAAUUGUUCUGUCAGAAAAUUUCUCCUUAGUUCUAGGUUUGUUCUCUCCUUGAUUAGCUUCACCCACUGCUUCUUGUCCUGCCCUCAGGUGCUUUGGAGAAUAGGUUGACCCCCACUUCUUUGUGGCAUCCUCUUAGAUAUUAGAACACUAUCAUUUUCAUUAAAUUAGACAUAUCAAAUUCCUGCAAUCGUUCUUCAUAGGUUUCAGCCUCCAGCCCCCUAAUCAUCUUUGUUGCUCUUCUCUCUAGUCUUUCUAGACCUCAACAACUUUUUUAUAGUAUGGCGACCAAAACUGGAUGCAAUAUUCCAAGUGUGAUCUUGUCAAGGUAUUAUGAAGUGGUAUUAACACUUCACAUAAUCUUUGAUUCUAUAUCUCUGUUAAUGCAGUUUAGGACUAUGUUGGAUUUUUUUUGGGUAGCUGCAGCAUAAUGGUUUACCUGUAAAUAGAAGGUGGCUAUGCCCAGCCAAUUUUGCCCGAUAUGAAAGAUCUAAACAGUGUCAGAGCUGCUUAGUGCUUAGAAGGGAGAUCACAGUUAUAAACUAGCUUGGGAAGAAACCCAGGAAAAAGGAAUAGGAAAUUAUUUCCUAUUUCUUUCCAAAUGAAUCAUGGAGGUGUUCAGUGCUCAACUUUAUUGGUAUCCCUGAAAAUUAUUUGUAACGCUUUUUGUUACUACUGCUUUUCUGUUCACUAUGUUCAAAUUCAUUCAUGUGCUUUUGUUCAAAUAGUUCAUUAGGCAGUCUUCUCAGGCAUGAAGGAUCCCAGAGCUGUAGAAGGGGCUGAAGUUUGCUUCCCAAGGUCAGAAGAACAACGCUGGCCUUGGAAAGCAAAUGCAGUUUUAGGCUCUUCUUCCUUCUCUCCUUAUCACUAUCUGUGGUUGGUGGUUUCCAGUGUUGGAAAUCCCUUACGAUGGAAAGGUCUAAAACGGGUAUCAAACUCAAGGCCUGAGGGCCGGAUCUGGCCCGUGGGACACUUACAUCUGGCCCAUGGGGCUACCCUGGAAACAGCAAAGGACUGGCCUGCGCUGCUUCUGCCAGCGAAAACGGGCUCCCAAGCUCCAUUUUUGGCUGCCAUGGUCUCCUGCAACCCUCUGCCAAUGAAAAUGGAGCUCGAGAGAGAGAUGCAAAUGCAUCUGCCAUUUAUUUCUAUCUUGUUGGAACUUUAUCAUUGGGCAUGUUGGACUGUCCCAGUCUUAACACAAAAUUACAUUUUAUGUCAUUUCAUCAACUGAAAAUGUUUACUCGAAAGCAAAAGAGCCUCUUUGAGUUCUGCAGGGCAUUUUUUUUUGGAAUAAAUGGCUCUGGUUUCCUAAGCUCAAUAUGGACACAAAAUCAAGUUUGGAUUAUUCUCCAGUGUACCGAACAGAAUUUCCCCACACUGUGCAGUGUGAACUUUUUUUCACCAGAAUGUUAACACCAGCACAACUCACUUUGUGGUGCCACUCACUUGUUCCGAGUGUUUGUGUAUACGUGGCCGAGUUGCUCGUCCCAAACAACAAAUGCCAUUUCUUUAAGCUAAAGACAGUUGUUUGAUGCAUGCGUAUGUUUGGUGUGCCAGGAUUAAGACAUGAGCCAAUGUUAGCAGUAUUUAGAACCAUCGCUUUAGGUUUCAACAAAAAGCAUCACCUGGUAAGCUUUGGAAAUAUUUCAAAUAAAAAUCCACCAUGUUGUGAAAUAUUUAAGUGUUGAAGAGAUACUGUAGACAUGCUUAUAUUCAGUCACUGACAGACUACGGUCACAACAUACGUAAUAUAGUUUAGAAAUCUGUGAAAUUUUCCUGGAUGCACACACAGCAAAUUCAUUAUCGGUCGUUUGUAACAUGAGGUAUAGAAGUGGCACCACUUGGUCAAUUCUCUUGGAUUUUUCUCUUAAAAGCUGGAAAAUACUCUCUGAAGCAGCUGUAAGGUUGCAACCAACUGAGUUCUUGGCAUCAUCUUUAAUUGAAGGAGCUGUAAUUCAAUAUACCGAAGUUUUCAUCUGUUUGUAUUGCUUAUUGUUGGCAGCGUCAUUAAACUUGUUUAUUACCCAC